GAGUUGCAUGGCAAGCAACAAAAAGUUAAGUAAGAAACGUGAGCAGGAAAUGGAGCCCACAGUUGCCAUUCGCCCGCAAGGCUUUGCCAUUGAGCAACUACGUCAAACACUUGAUCACUCGAGUCUGAAGGACAAAACGCUGUUUGUGCACAUCACGGACAAUGUGCUGGAGCUUAUCGAUGGCAUUGGUCAGCUGAUGUCACGCGAGGAGAUCGAAUUUGGUGCCGAACCGUUGGCAACGUUGCACGUGACUGGCAUGAUGGUGUACAUGAUGCAUCACGAUGAUUUGGCCAGCACCCAAGUGCAGCGCACGAUGUUCAUGCAGCGCUGCUUCGAUUACAUGGCCUGCACCGAGGAGACGCAUGUGCAUGAGUUGUGUGGCCAAAUCCUUUGCAUGCUGGACAUCAAUGACUCGGACAUUAUGCUGAAUCUGAUCAUUUGUUGUCGCAGUGCCAGCCCCUUGAAUACUAUGGCUCAAAUUGUCUGCAAUUGCCUGCUGUGGGCCAUGCUCGAUAAACUCACGGAUUUGGGCUUCGAUUCGUAUCGGUUGCGUGCCUAUCCCGAAAUGAUGAUGGCCAUUGCCAUGGUGAAUCCCUUGGACUAUCUGCAAAACUAUUUGCACUCACUCAAUCUGAUUGUGCGCGUCAUUGCCGCACUUUUGAUGGCUGGGCCGUAUGGCUCCAUUGAGAAACUGCGCAAUGAAGUGGGGCUGCCACUCGAUAUGCUGGUGCUGCCCACCGAUGAUGCUGCCGUACUCUUUCGCUGGCUCAACACCAUUGUGAAGGAGCUGCGCAGCGAGCUCCAAGUGCGCGAUAGUCGUGUCCAGGAGCGCAUGGUUGUGUUGGAGACAACGUGUGAGCUCAUGAAAUUGGUGCACGCCAAUCUCACCGAGUUCUAUCAACAACUCUACAGCUGCACGGACUUUGACAACGACGAUGGCUUCGUUUCGGAUCAACCAUGUGAUGAGCAUGGCGAAGAUUUCGAGUGGUUGUUGUAAAACUUAUUUCUAUGUAUUAUAUUAAAUCUAUUAUUUAAUAGUACACUUA